UCUCUUAUCAGUUAUCACUACCAAACAAACCUAGCAUAAAAAGCAAUUACUCUCUCUCUGGAAAAAUCGCUGCUCCGUAUGCAAAUUGCAAACGACGAAGGAAGGGAUCUUCUCGUAUCCAAUGACGGAAGUUCAAAGCGAAAAUACCUCAAGCCUAGCUGUGCAAUAUAUGCUGCAAGAGAAGGUGGAACAAUCAAAUCAGAGUCAAAUCCCUGUUGAAGCAACUGAGGAUGAAAAGCUAACAGGUACUGCUGUCAUGGAAGCUGUUGAUGAUAUAAUUAAGGAAACAGCUGCAGCCAAAGAAAGCAAUGAAACUGCCAAUCAGGAAGAGUCUGGUGAUCCAGAAGUUGAACAGACACCAGAAAUAAAGCUUGAGACAGCUCCAGCAGAUUUCCGUUUCCCAACCACUAAUCAGACAAGACACUGCUUCACCCGCUAUAUUGAAUAUCACAGGUGUACUGCUGCAAAAGGGGAAGGUGCUCCAGAGUGCGAUAAGUUUGCAAAAUAUUAUCGUUCCCUUUGCCCUGGUGAAUGGAUAGACAGAUGGAACGAGCAGAGGGAGAAUGGAACCUUUCCGGGCCCUUUGUAGAGGUUUCCCAUUUGAAAAGCCAAUUGUUAUGGGAUUCAAGUCUUUAUUCCCAUGUUGCUAGGCGAGGAGAUGCGCUUCUUGAAGUAAGAGAGGAGUAAUAUUAGGAAUUUCUAUGUCGAACAAUUUGAGUUAAUAAAAAACAAUUUGGCUUGUCUGCUGUUGCAGUAAUUUCGGCCUCUACCCAAAUACAUGAGAUGUCUUUCACAAGCAGAGUUGGCACUAAGCCGCCAAUCAUCGCUUUUGUUUCGACAUUAUUUCAUCUUUUGACAGUUGAAUAACAGUACAGAGGCAGUGAAUAGAGAGGGAAAAAAUUGAAUGAUAACAAUUCUUUCGUGCGACA